AUAGAAUAUAAUAAAAUGAGGAAGGAAGGAGGAGAGGAGGGAAGGAGGAGAGGAGGGAAGGAAAGAGGAGAGGAGGGAAGGAGGAGAGGAGUGAAGGAGGAGAGGAGGAGCAUAAGAGAGAAGACCGAUGAGGAAGAGAAAGAAUUCAUACACACGGGAGUUACUGAUACUGUCUCUGUCCGAAAGGCCCCCUAUUCUCUAAGUAGUGCAUUUGGUUACUUUGUAUCAGGUCAAAAGUAGUGCACUACAUAGGGAAUAGGGUGUAGGCUCGGUGUCCCGCUAGCGGGACAACUUCCGGUGAAACUGGAGGGCGCGCAAUUCAAAUAAAUAUUAUGGAUUUAAACAUUUAUGUACACAUACUGUAAGUGGCUUAUAUUCACUUACUCUACCCCUAAACUUUGUUUCAACAAGUCAAAAUAUGUUUCUAUUAACUCCUCAGAUACCCUAAAAUGUAAUCAAACUGUAAUAUUUCUUUCGGAAAUAAGUAUGUUCAAUAGGAAACGAAUGCAAACACGAAUUUCCAAGACUGUGUCCUUCUACAAAAACAGAUUUUUCUUAUUCGUUUUUGAAGUUACAAGCCUGAAACCUUGAACAUAGAUUGCUGACACCCUAUGGAAGCCAUAGGAAUUCCAUCCAGGGAGCGUGCAUUUCUAAGAGGAUGGUCUCUCAAAAAAAGAAAAAUUCUGGUUGGUUUUUAUUUGUAUUUUCUCCUACCAUAUCUAUUGUGUUAUAUUCUCCUACAUUAUUUUAACAUUUCUACAAACUUAUAAGUGUUUUCUUUCCAAUGGUACCAAUUAUGUGCAUAUCAUGGCUUCAGGGCCUGAGUUACAGGCCAUUUACUUUGGGCACGUCAGGAAGUGGAGAAAAAAGGGUCCUAGCCCUAAGAAGUUAACCCAAUGAGGAUUGUGCUGCUGGGAAAAACAGGAUGGGGCAAAAGCAGUGCAGGAAACACCAUCUUUGGAGGAGGAGAUGAAGAGUUCAAGAUAAACAGUUCAGCCAAGUCUAGAACGCACAUGUGUGAAGCAAAGACCAAGAUCAUCAAUGGAAGAAAACUCACUGUAGUAGACACACCUGGACUCUUUGACACAGACAUCCCUGAAGAGGAGCUGAAACCUGAACUAGUGAGAUGUAUUGUAGAAUGUGCUCCGGGGCCACAUGCCUUUCUCAUUGUGCUUAGAGUGGAAAAGUACACAGUCCUCGAGGAAAGAGUCAUCACAGAAAUCAAGAACUUUUUUUCACGACAGAUCUUCAAUUAUGCCACAGUUCUCUUCAUUUACGGUGACCAGCUUUAUGAAGGAAAAACUAUUCAGGAUUUUGUGAAAACAAAUAAGAAACUGAGUGAGCUUGUGGAGAAAUGUGGAGGCCGCUGUCAUGUCAUUGACAACAAAUACUGGAACAACAGUCAGCAGGAUGAGUACAGGAACAAUCAGUACCAAGUAACAGAGUUACUCAACACCAUAGAGAGAGAGGACGGAGGAAGAUGCUACGCCAAUGAGAUGCUUCAAGCAGUGGAGGGAGUCAAACAAGCAGAGAAAGAGAGUCUUAGAGAGUCAAACAGCCAGAUGUCAGAGGAAGAGAUCGGAAAACUAGCCAAGGAAAGAGCGAGAAAGAAACUCCUGAUCAAGUUGUCAGGGGUAGCAACAGGUGUAGUGGUAGGAGCUCUACUUGGGGUUGUAGGGUCAUUAGCAAUAGUACUUUCUCUCAUAAGUAGUACAGCAGCAGCAGCAAAAGCAGCAGCAGGAGCAGCAGCAGGAGGAGUAGCAGGAGGAGUUGCAGGAGUAGCAGUAGCAGGAGAAGUAUCAGCAGCAGCAGGAGGAGUAGCAGGAGGAGUGGCAGCAGGAGGAGUAAUGGCAGCAGCAGGAGGGGUAGUAGGAGGAGUAGCAGCAGCAGCAGGAGGAGUAGCAACAGCAGCAGGAGUAGCAGAAGGAGUAGCAGCAGCAGCAGGAGGAGUAGCAGCAGCAGGAGGACGAGCAACAGCAGCAGGAGUAGCAGAAGGAAUAGCAGGAGGAGUAGCUGGAGGAGCUGGGGCAAACAUUGGAGUGGGUACAGGGUUAAAGACGUAUGUCAGAGGGGUAGCCUACAGCAAAGUGAGUUCGAGUGAUGAAAAGAAGUAG